AUGGCCGAUAAUGAAAAUUGUUUAUUUACUUCCUCUGUUGAACAUCAAAAUAAACAACAUAUAUUAACACUAACAAAGUUUACUUUAAUAUGGGAAUUAUCAAAUAAGUCAAAAGUUCCGGAUAAUAACUUAUUUGAUCCUUUACUACGUCAUGAUGCAUGUAUAGAUUUACGUGAAAUAAUUGGAGUGAAAGCCAUUAAAAUUCCAACUAAAUCUUCAACUUUAUCCCUACGAAAAUCCUUCAAAGUUGACGAGAAUGCACCCUUCUUUAUUGAAAUGCAGCCCUUGGGCCCUCUGGGAUUUUCCGUGGUUGUCCUAUCCCAACCAGGAAAUCAUAAAUGGAGAUACAAGCAAGUCUCAUUCCAGUGUAAAGACAGUAACCUCUGUCAUCAGUGGAUCACAGCUGUAAAAGAAGCUUUGAAAAAUCCUAUAUUUAACAGACCACAGAAGCUCGUCGUGUUUGUAAAUCCAUUUUCUGGAAAGAAAAAGGCUGUAAAGUUGUACAGGGAGAAGGUACUGCCCCUCUUUGAACUGGCAGAUAUUGACGUUACCCUAAUAGAGACAGAGAGACAAAACCACGCAAAAGAUCUUGUGCAGGAUUCUCUUGAUCUCAAUAAUGUUGAUGGGUUGGUGUGUGUGGGUGGGGAUGGAAUGUUUUCCGAGAUACUUAAUGGCCUGUUGACCAGAACAGCACGGGAAAAUGGCAUCGAGGAGACGGGCAGAUUUGAACCUGUGCCCCCCGAUAUCCGAAUAGGAAUCAUACCUGCAGGUUCCACAAACACUAUUGUGCACACAACUACAGGGGGGAGUGAUGUUGUCACCUCUACACUACACAUAAUACUUGGUGACAAGAUUGGUAUAGACGUCAACUCGGUGAAUGUGAACAACCAGUUUAUCCGCUACAGCGUCACAAUGCUGGGGUACGGAUAUAUGGGGGACCUUCUCAAGGACAGUGAUAAUAUUCGAUGGAUGGGACCAAAACGCUACAGUUGGUCAGGCACCAAGUCAUUUUUGUCCAACAACUCCUACUAUGGGGAGAUCAAGUAUCGUUUGUCAGAAAACCCUGAUAGUCAUCCAACCGAUGAAGUCAAGUGUUACACUGGUUGUGACACAUGUUCACAGGCGGGAGAGGGCACAUCGGGAAUGUCCCGUAAUUCUUCUGGGGUGGAGUUCACUGCAGGCGGGGAACUUACUCCUAUAGAUGAAUGUUCGAUAUCUGACAAGUCCUUAUCGGUAUCGGAAUACUCUACUUCCGACCCAAACUGGCGAACAGUAGUUGGGAAGUUUGUAGCAGUGAACAGUGUGACAAUGAGUUGUAGCUGUGAUCUAAGCCCCCCUGGUAUGUCCCCCUACUGUCACCUUGGGGACGGGUGUUUGGACCUCAUCUUGGUGUCUGACUGCUCUAGGUUAGAUUUCCUCAAGUUUCUGAUGAGGACUGCUAAAGGAGAAGAGCGUCACAACCUAGACUUCAUACAGAUGUACCGUGUGAAGGAGUUCACGUUCCGGCCCCUAACGGAAGAUGAGGACCUGGAAAGCCUCGCCAGUACAGAGGACCUGACGACACACAGGAAGAGGGUAAAAUUGAAACGGCAGACUUCCAAGACGAGCGUGUGGAACUGUGAUGGGGAGGUGAUAGAUCAGGCCAAGAUCAGUGUCAGAGUUCACUGCCAGCUGAUCAACCUGUUUGCCCGAGGUGUAGAAGAUCUCAACACAAGUGAAGAUCAGAAGUGUAAGACUUGCUGUACACCCACAUUUGACAGACUGUGAACUGCCUUCUGAUUGGCUGAGGAGCAAGCUACAAAUGCAAGACUGCAUUUCAUUGGAUGAGAUGCAGUCUUGAUACUGUGUAAAGCUACACAUCAUUGGUGGAGGGACAGGCUUGAUGUCAUGAGAAGCUGCAUAUUAUUUGUACAAAUGUUUUGUACAAAUGUGAAGCUGUAUUUGAUUGGCUAAGAAACAGAAUUUGUUUUCUGUAAGCCUGAUUUUGAUUGGUUGUUUGGAAUGCAGCUGUCUACAAGUAUCUAUUGGAUCUAUUGAUUGGACCAGCACAAUGAGUGAGUGCUCUAACUGAUAAAUAUUUGAAAAACAGUGUGCUGCACCAAUUCAAGAGAACUUUACACAUGUACAUCUAGUUGCAGAAAUGCAGAUAAGCAUUUGAGAAAUAUGAAUUCAAGCUUAAAAACUGUCUUAUUUUUUCUGCUAAUGCUUUACAAAGACUUAGAAUUUAAACUCAGCAUUAUGAUAUUUUGGUAACAGAUUGAAAUGAUAGAUUUUUGCUGUUUUUAAGUUAUAAAUCAAUUGACCUGUUUGGCUUUUAUUCUAAGUAUAAGAAAAACACCGCUUAUCAUGCUUAAAAUUGAUUGAUUGUAAGUUUGUGAUUGUUAUCUGAUAUACACCUGUAUUAAAGACACUACUAAUCAUGCUAUAAAAGUUAUAGUAUAAAAUGUUAAAAAAAGUUUUCCAGCGAGCCUUUACAUUCCACAAUACUGCAAUAAUUUAUUAAAGACAGGUUGCAGAUCAUGAGGAUAUGACUUUAUUGUUUUAUGUUAAUCUUUAUAAUGCUAUUUUUUUCAUCAUCCAGUAAAUCCUUUUGUAAAUGUUAUCAUUUGGAAAAGCUGUAGAUAAUUAUGUGUGGUGCAUAAAUUCAUGUUUUAAUAUAAUUAUGCUGUAUAAUUUUGUUGAAGCGGACUGUAUUUUUCGUGUUUUUUGAAUAAUUUAUUUGUGUGUUUUUUGAUAAUCUGUAUAUUAAAGAUACAUUGUGUCAGGUACACAUGUUGUUUAUGGAAGCCUGUUUCAUUAAAGAUCUUAAUCGUAAAGAGAAAUGAUCUCAGUAUUUUAAUUUUGCUCAAUAGUUGCUAAAUAUAAGCUUUAAUAAUUUUUUGGCAGUAUCAUAAUUGAAAACAUAGUCAGGUUAACGAAAUUUAAGACUUUUUAAGUAAGGACUAAGAUCUUUUAAUGAAACAGGGCCCUAGUUAAGAUAAAAAUCAAAUUAUCUUGGUAGUUACCUGACUGAUGAUAUCUUAAUCUUUCUUGAUUUAUGUGGUUAUUUGAUUUUUAUGAACAGUCAGUUACUAAAUCAAAUAGAAUCAAUGCAAACAAUUGAUUUUAGUAUAGUUUCUUAAUUGUAUCAAUGCAAACAACUGGUUAGCAUAGUUUUUUUAUUGUUUCAAUGCAAACAACUGGUUAGCAUAGUUUUUUAUUGUUUCAAUGCAAACAACUGUUUAACAUAGUUUCUUAUUGUUUCAAUGCAAAAAACACGUUAUCAUGGUUUCUUAAAUGUUUCAAUGCAAACAACUGGUUAACAUAGUUUCUUAUUGUAUCAAUGCAAACAACUGGUUAACAUAGUUUCUUAUUAUUUCAAUGCAAAAAUGUGGUUAGCAUAGUUUCUUAAUUGUAUCAAUGCAAACAACCAGUUAACAUAGUUUCUUAUUGUUUCAAUGCAAACUAUCGGUUAACAUAGUUUCUUAUUGUUUCCAUGCAAACAACUGGUUAGCAUAGUUUUUUUAUUGUUUCAAUGCAAACAACUGGUUAGCAUAGUUUGUUAUUGUUUCAAUGCAAACAACUGGUUAGCAUAGUUUUUUAAUUGUUUCAAUGCAAACAACUGUUUAACAUAGUUUCUUAUUGUUUCAAUGCAAAGAACACGUUAUCAUGGUUUCUUAAAUGUAUCAAUGCAAACAACUGGUUAACAUAGUUUCUUAUUGUAUUAAUGCAAACAACUGGUAAGUAUGUUUUUGAAUUGUAACAAUGCAAACAACCGGUUAACAUAGUUUUUUAUUGUUUCAAUGCAAAAAUCUGGUUAGCAUACAUGUAGUUUCUUAUUUGUAUUAGUUUCUUAUCAUUUCAAUGCAAACAACUGGUUAACAUAGUUUCUUAUCAUUUCAAUGCAAACAAUGGGUUAACAUAGUUUCUUAUCAUUUCAAUGCAAACAACUGGUUAACAUAGUUUCUUAUUAUUUCAAUGCAAAAAUAUGGUUAGCAUAGUUUCUUAAUUGUAUCAAUGCAAACAACCAGUUAAGAUAGUUCCUUAUUGUUUCAAUGCAAACUAUCGGUUAACAUAGUUUCUUAUUGUUUCAAUGCAAACAACUGGUUAACAUAGUUUCUUAUUGUUUCAAUGCAAACAACCGGUUAACAUAGUUUCUUAUUGUUUCAAUGCAAAAAUAUGGUUAGCAUAGUUUCUUAAUUGUAUCAAUGCAAACAACCAGUUAAGAUAGUUUCUUAUUGUUUCAAUGCAAAUUAUCGGUUAACAUAGUUUCUUAUUGUUUCAAUGCAAACAACUGGUUAACAUAGUUUCUUAAUGUUUCAAUGCAAACAACCGGUUAACAUAGUUUCUUAUUGUUUCAAUGCAAAAAUAUGGUUAACAUAGUUUCUUUAUUAAAUCAAUGCAAAAAAUAUGUUGUAUAGUUCAAACAAGUGUUCUUAUACAAUAUAUUAAGGAAGUUUAUAAUCGGUAUCGGUAUCAAUGCAAAGACUACUUGUCACAAAUUUGUAUAUAUGACAUAUUUUAUGAAGUGAACAAGGCAAUAAUUAUGAAAAUAUGUUUGAUUUAAUUGUUGUAUACAUAUUGUU